AUGAUGCAGCCUCAAGUCUUCAUUUCUGGCCUCAUACUUCUUUUCCCAGGUGCUGUGGAUUCUUAUGUAGUAGUGAAGGGGGUAGUGGGUCACCCUGUCACACUGCCGUGUGCUUACUCAACACGUGGUGGAAUCUUUACCACAUGCUGGGGUCAAGGGGCAUGCCCGUCUUCUCAUUGUACCAACACACUUAUCCAGACCAAUGGAUACCGCGUCACCUAUCGGAGGAGCAGCCAAUACCAGCUAAAGGGGAAUAUUUCAGGAGGAAACGUGUCCUUGACGAUAGAGAAUGCUGUCCCGAGUGACAGUGGUCUGUAUUGUUGUCGCGUGGAGGUCCCUGGAUGGUUCAAUGAUCUCAAAGUGACCUUUUCAUUGGAAAUCAAGCCAGAAAUUCCCACAAGUCCUCCAAGAAGACCCACAACCACAGGAAGACCCACAACCACAGGAAGACCCACGACUCUGUCAACAGGACCCACACGUGCACCAGCAUCACCCAGAGUCUCCACCUCUACUCCUACAACACCAGUGCACACGCAGAUUCACACACCAGAUUGGAAUAACACGGUGACAUCCUCAGAUGACUCUUGCAAUAACACUGAACUGGUCCCUUCAGGGAAGGCACAGAAGAACAUGGCUAGUGGCUUCUAUAUCAGCAUCCCCAUCGCUGUCCUGCUGUUGCUGCUGCUUGUGAGCACUGUGGUUAUCACCAGGUACAUCCGUACGAGAAACAAGUCACAGUCUCUAAGCCUGGUAGCAUUCCGUUUCUCUAAGAUUGGAGCUUUGCAAAACACAGUGGUUUUCCGAUCCCGAGCUGAAGACAAUGUAUAUAUAAUUGAAGACAGUCCUUACCCUACAUAUUGA